AUGGACUACAAGGACUACAAGGACGACAAGGACAUCAAGGACUACAAGGACGACAAGGAUGACAAGGACGACAAGAACAACAAGGACGACAAGGACGACAAGGACGACAAGGACAACAGGGAGGACAAGGAAAACAAGGACAACAAGAACGACGAGAAGGACGAUAAGGACGACAAGGAAGAGAAGGACGAUAACGACAAAACGGACGACAAGGACAUCAACGACUUCAAGGACGACAAGGACGAAAAGGCCGACAAGGACUACAAGGACGACAAGGACAAGGUCUACAAGGAAUAUAUGGACUACAAGGACAUCAAGGAAGAGAAGGAUGACAAGGAUGACAAGGAUGACAAGGACGACAAGGACUACAAGGACAACAAGGACGACAGGGACAAAAAGGACGACAAGGACAUCAAGGACUACAAGGACGGCAAGGACGACAAGGACGAGAAAGACGACAAGGACAAGAAGGACGACAAGGACAAGGGUUACAAGGAUUACAAGGGUUACAAGAACGACAAGAACUUCACGGACGACAAGGACAACAAGAACGUCACUGACGACAAGGACGACAGGAACGACAAGGACGACAAGGACAUCAAGAACGUCACUGACGACAAGGACGACUGGAACGACAAGGACGACAAUGACGACAGGAACGACAAGGACAACGAGGACGACAGGAACGACAAGGACAACAAGAACGUCAAGGACGACAAGGACAACAAGGACAACAAGGACAACAGGAACGUCACGGACGACAAGGACGACAGGAACGACAAGGACGACAAGGACAACAAGAACGUCACUGACGACAAGGACGACAGGAAAGACAAGGACGACAAGGACGACAGGAACGACAAGGACGACAAGGACGACAGGAACGACAAGGACAACAAGGACGUCACUGACGACAAGGACAACAGGAACGUCACGGACGACAAGGACGACAGGAACGACAAGGACAACAAGGACAACAAGAACGUCACUGACGACAAGGACGACAGGAACGACAAUGACGACAAGGACGACAGGAACGACAAGGACAACAAGGACAACAAGGACGUCAAAGACGACAAGGACAACAAGAACGUCACGUACGACAAGGACAACAAGGACAACAAGAACGUCACUGACGACAAGGACGACAGGAACGACAAGGACAACAAGGACAACAAGAACGUCACUGACGACAAGGACAACAAGGACAACAAGGACAACAAGAACGUCACGGACGACAAGGACGACAGGAACGACAAGGACAACAAGGACAACAAGAACGUCACUGACGACAAGGACGACAGGAACGACAAUGACGACAAGGACGACAGGAACGACAAGGACAACAAGGACAACAAGGACGUCAAAGACGACAAGGACAACAAGAACGUCACGUACGACAAGGACAACAAGGACAACAAGAACGUCACUGACGACAAGGACGACAGGAACGACAAGGACAACAAGGACAACAAGAACGUCACUGACGACAAGGACAACAAGGACAACAAGGACAACAAGAACGUCACGGACGACAAGGACGACAGGAACGACAAGGACGACAAGGACGACAAGGACGACAGGAACGAAAAGAACGACAAGGACGACAAGGACAAAAGAACGUCACGGACGACAAGGACGACAGGAACGACAAGGACGACAAGGACAACAAGGACGACAGGAACGUCACUGACUACAAGGACGACAGGAACGACAAGGACAACAAGGACAACAAGGACAACAAGGACGGCAAUGACGACAAGGACAACAAGGACAACAAGGACGGUGAAUAUUCACAGGAAUGCCAACAUUGACGUUCAGAUGAAUAUUCACAGGGAUGCCAACAUUGACGUUCAGAUGAAUAUUCACAGGGAUGCCAACAUUGAUGUUCAGAUGAAUAUUCACAGGGAUGCCAACAUUGAUGUUCAGAUGAAUAUUCACAGGGAUGCCAACAUUGAUGUUCAGAUGAAUAUUCACAGGGAUGCCAACAUUGAUGUUCAGAUGAAUAUUCACAGGGAUGCCAACAUUGAUGUUCAGAUAAAUAUUCACAGGGAUGCCAACAUUGAUGUUCAGAUGAAUAUUCACAGGGAUGCCAACAUUGAUGUUCAGAUGAAUAUUCACAAGAAUGCCAACAUUGACGUUCAGAUGAAUAUUCACAAGAAUGCCAACAUUGACGUUCAGAUGAAUAUUCACAAGAAUGCCAACAUUGACGUUCAGAUGAAUAUUCACAAUGAUGCCAGCAUUGAUGUUUAG